AUGGAUCACUCGGAGCUCAUCGCCGAGCUGCCCGAGAUCGAGCGGAUGACGGCUCAGGAGAGAAUAGCACUCGCCAGGCAGCGACGACUAUUACAACUGCGUCGAAACGAGGAGCGAGAACGAGCCCUUCCACCACCUCGACCUCGUCGCCAACGUCUUCAUUUUGCCGCCGAAGUGGAAUUACUAGAAGCGACGUGCCGAGCGGAUUACGCAGAAGUGGAACGAUUACUAAACGACAACGCGAAUCCGAAUCUUCAUAACGAUGAUGGUCUGACGCCACUUCAUCAAUGUGCAAUCGAUGAUAAUCAACAAAUCAUGUUGCUUUUACUCGAAAGAGGAGCAAAUGUGAAUGCACAGGAUACGGAACAGUGGACACCGUUACACGCGGCCGCCUGUUGUGCUCAUAUUAAUAUUGUAAAGAUUCUUAUUCAAGCCGGCGCCAACUUGUUAGCAGUUAAUGCCGAAGGAAACAUGCCAUACGAUAUUUGUGAUCAUGAGGAGACAUUGGAUGUGAUUGAAAGUGAAAUGGCUGCAAGAGGAAUCACACAAUCGUAUAUUGAUGAGAUGAGAGGUGCUCCGGAGAAGGCGAUGUUGGAUGAUAUGAAGAUGUUGCAUCAACAAGGAAGAGAACUUGACGUUCGAGCUCCAGAUGGGUCUACUUACCUCCACGUGGCAUCAGCGAAUGGGUAUUACGAUGUGGCCGCCUUCUUGUUGACUUGUUCUGUAUCCCCUCUGAUUCGAGACAAUGAUUUCUGGCAGCCAGUACACGCUGCUGCUUGCUGGGCCCAGCCCGAUCUCAUCGAACUGCUUUGCCAAUACGGAGGAGAUAUUCAUGCGAAGACGAAGAAUGGAGAAACGCCAAUGGAAUUAUGUGAAGACUUGUCAACGAAGCAAGUGAUCACAACGUUGGUUCAAUCAGAAGCUCGACGUCGACGACUGGCAUUCGGAGUUCGCGAUUCGAGAAGGCAAAGUAAGAAGAGAAAGAAGUUCGAAUCACCUCAACAAGGUGCAACAACUGGAGACAAUCCGUUCUCCGCUCGAGGCGCGAUUCGUCGUCAAUCUCUUCGUGAUCGAAGUGGACUUACACCCGCAAGAAUUGAAGCACAAAAAGAGGGAGCAGACAUUCUGAGAACGUGGUCGAAAGAAGACGUAUCGGCAGAUGUACAUUCCUCACAAGCCGGAUCACUUCAACAUCAGAGAGAGUCACCGAGCAAAAGGGUGUUGAAGAGCUCACAACACAAACAGGCGAAACCAAUGUCACCGGACGAGUGGCUUCGAAAACUCGAAACGAACGGAACGGCGGACGAUGAUAUGGAAACGACGCCGAAAAGAGGUGGAAGCACGAGGAGGAGGCAGAAGAAAGUUCCAGGAGACAUGUCGGAUUCAAGGAAUGGAGACGCCAGACGACAAAAGUCGACGUGUUGUUGUGUGAUAUGCUGA